AUGUUUCUGCUUGUCGGCCGAACGAGGAAGCUCCGAUCGUUCUCCACGGCGGCGGCUCAGCCGUAUCUCCUGACUCUCCCGACGGAGGUUGCUAAGUCGUUGAGGAUAGGUUCAUCCAAGGGAUGGGUGGCUCUGACGGACCUUCAAAAUUCGAAACUGCGUUUCACCAAUCUAUUUAACCCUUGUGCCUCUUCACCAACAACAGUAACACUACCCCCUCUCGACGGGUGUUACAGAGGUUCAGUUGCCCGAGUUUCCAAGGUCUCUCUCUCAGCCUCCCCGAACCAACGUGACUGUGUAGUGGCUGCUAAGUUGUUUGCUCCAGUCAUUAGUCUGUGUCGGCCUGGUGACUCGGAGUGGACACACAUCGAGACCCCAAACCAUUUCUUCACUUCAGCUGUGAUGCACUCUAUGAGAGACCAGAAGUUCUAUCUCCAUUCCCCGGAUACGGCUCCUACUGAUCUGAUCAAGACUUGCUCUGACUUUCCUCUAGUGAGUCCUUACCGGAGGUUCCCUUUUUCUGAAAUCCCCAAGACCGCACACGAUUUGUAUCAGUCAUCUCUCUUCAGAACUCAGUACUUGGUCGAGUCACCUUCCGGGGACUCUUUCAUCGUUAUCUGGUGUAUGAAUAGUGGUAAGAUAGAAGAAGAGACGUCAAGACUGAGGUGCGAAACCAAAGGCUUUAUGGUGUUUAAGCAAGACCAUGGUAAGAAGUUGUGUUCCUAUACACAAGACAUUGGCUAUCUCUGCAUUUUCCUAGGCAAGAACGAAUCCUUUUGUGUCUCUGCGACAAAAUAUCCGGGGCUGAACCCGAAUUCAGUCUAUUUUGAAGGCAGUGAAACUGGGUUCGGCUUUUACGAACUCAGCUCAAACACUGUCCACGAUCUCACGCAUUUGGCCCCUUUCUCCGCUUUCUACUUAUGGCUUGCCCCUCUAGAAUAAAAUAAAGCAGCUUUUUGGUCCUUUUGUUUUUUUUGGUGUUUGGUUUUAUCUUAGCUACUGCUUAACUUAUUUAUUAAUUCA